UUUAAGUGCGUUGUUUUCUUUUAGUUCAGACAUUAAACAUAAAUCAUAAAAUCUUACUUUGUUCGUAAUUUAACUAUCUACACAUAUCUUCAUUAGUCAUGUUUGCAGUAUUUUAAACAAAUGUUUAUUUGUGUUCGCGAAAAAGCUUAUAACCUAAUAGCGUAGGCAUUGAAAGAACAAAAGCGAUUGAUGUGUGUUUGUGAGUCGAUUGUUUCAUUCUAAGUUUUCAUUCAAUCGCGUUUGGACGUCCGGAAAGAUCUGUCUCUUGAACUUUCGCUUUUAAGUAUAAAACGUUUAUUAAACUAACAUAAUAAUGGCAAUGGAGAAGUUUAUAUUUACCUUCAAGCUUUCUAAAGGAUCAAUAAUAAUCGGUUGGACUAAAUUAGUUAUAGCUUCUCUUAUAUCGACUACUUUGUUUUUGGGAGUUAUCUUUUCUUCGGCAUUACGAGAUUCACUCAAAAAAAUCUUCACAUCUGAUGGAAACGAUUCCUCAUUCACUACAUCAUUUUGUUGCUUCUAUUUUUCAUCGCAUAUGCUGUCGCUUCUUUCACUUUGGUUGUUGGAAGUAUCAAUUGUCUUCUCAUACUGGAAACAAUUACAUAAAGAACACGAAAUACGAAUUGAAAAUCAAGAACACCGUAAACGAAGUCAACAGAAUAAUCGCAAGGAACCUGUUGCUAUUGCGCCAUCAACUGGAACUGAAAGUGAGAUCAUUACAGCUAACGUGUAG